AUGACCGGCUCCAUCGCUCCCACAGGCGCGGCCAAUAAAGACACAUCCACGAUCCAGCCCGGAUCGGGCUCCGGCGGCACCAAUCUCCCAGGGUCGUCGCCCCUGACCACCGCGGAGAAGAAGGCCGAGAAUUUGGCGAGAACCGCUCGCAAUCUCCUCUUGCAGCAGCGUAGAGACGCGCAGGAGGCCAACGUUCCCGCUGAUGAACCCCUUUUUCAUAUUAUCUCCCGUCCUUCUACUCCUACCUCCUCCGUACCUUCCACUACCAUUCCCGCAGCUCAUAAUGUAGUAGGACUUCUUUCGGCCUUCUCCCAAUUCUCCCCCGGCUCGCAAAAGAAAUUACAGACCCUCAUUAAUACAUCCUUACCUACAGCAGAUAAUUCUCUUCCCGACUCAGUCCCGAAAUUACUUUUUUCCAUCGAACGCGAGCGCCCCUCUUCUUCUACUUCUCACGCACAGAGUUUCGGCAUCCAUCCUUUCAUUCUCAAUCUCGGCCAAAACCGAGUACACAUUCCCUUAUCCCUAUUUACCACUGCCUCCACGAACAAGUUACAUAACAACUCAACCUCCAUCAAGCAGAACAUUGUCUACAACGCCAGCGGUACGAAGUGCCAUCUGAUCGAUCUAACCCAAUUCCAGACAGAGUCUGAAAUGGACGUGGCCGACUGGCAUGAAGCAUGGAACCGAUGCAUACCUUUCCUCCGUACUCACUCCGAUACAGCCGUAGCUCAGCGAUGGGAGGAACAUUAUCAGUUUCUGUCGAAACAAGAUGAUUUCAAGCGCGACUUCCACGCUAUUUUGACCUUCGACAUCGAACAGCGAACUCGCUACUCCAUCGCACCCGAGGCACACAACGAGGACGCGUAUCAGCGGUGCUUCGAAGCGCGCCUGACAGGAACGCCAAUAGGAGUGGCCGAGCAUACGAUCCGUACGACCGUGACACCUGUCGUAAUCCGUGAAACACUUCCACCGACAAACCUUCCUUUCGAGAGGGCAAGGGAGCCGAUUCCGGGUCCACUCCCCUCUGCCUCUGUUGCCGCCGGCCCGGCCACAAAUUCUCUCAAUGCACGGAAACGACAACGGCGCAAGGAAUCGACACGCUCUCGAGAUAUCUCAACAACAAACUUGUGCUCCGCUCUAACUCGGCCCCUCUCUGCAUCACCUUCCAGCUCAAUUCCGCCAAGUGCAUCUGCAAGCAGCAUCAUCCCGAACAACACGUCUGCUCCUUCUGUGGCUCCUCUGAACACGGAGCCUGCGCAAGAAAAUGCACCUAACGAGGGCGACGCGACCCUCCUUCUUGGCGCGCGGCUAUGUCCUCUUGAUGACUUCGAGGAGUGGUAUCCCCCUCCAAAUCUCUCUGCUCCCGACGAGCCUCACGUAUACUUCAAUGACUUGCAACCGGAACCCUCUCCGUUCGACAACGAUUCUGACUUCUCACUUAUUCUCACUCCUUACUCUGCACCCGACUUUCAGCGCUAUCUCGACAACGCCGGCCUCCUCGCACGAUAUCCUGAACUCUGCUUCAAAAUCACACACAGAUUCCUACUUGGCGAUCUCGCACCAAUCCUUGAGUCUUUCACUCCCGACAACCUGCCGAGCGCGAACGAUCACACGGAGGUCAUCCGCGAAUACAUCUCGGAAGAACUUGCUCUCGGCCGAUUCACCGGUCCCUUCACGCGCGCACAGCUCGAAACGAAGAUUGGACCGUUUCGAUCGUCUCCUCUCCAAGUUGCAACCAAAGUGGGGGCUUGCGGCGAACCAGACAAGUUUCGCAUAUGUCGCCAUCUCUCGUAUAAGGGUACACUGGGCCAAUCCGUCAAUGAUGAGAUCGACGCCAAGGAUUACCCUACACGAUGGGGCAAAGCCACUGACGUAGCGAAAAUCAUCUCAGCGGCGCCACCUGGCACGCAGGUGGCCACGCUAGACAUCGCGGGUGCAUAUCGCACCAUCCCGGUCAAACCGGAUCACAAACGCUUCCUCGUAGUCUACUUCCGUGGUUUUUUCUACAUGGAUCACAACGUGCCCUUUGGCCUCGCCUCCGCCUCGGGUCUACAAGGCGAGGUUGCAGAUGCCACCGUUGACAUCUGGGAGUCUCUUGCAGUAUCCCCCGUUGUUAAAUGGGUGGAUGACUUUGCCCUCUUCCGUUUUCCAUGCGAGACCGGACCGUUUGCAGAUGGCAACUUUCAUUACCAUUAUGACCUCACUCACGCGAAGGAAUUAAUCGCACCCCUACGUAUCCCAUGGCACCUGACGAAGGGACAGGAGUUUGCCGACUCCUUCGAUUAUGUUGGCUUUCAUUGGGAUAUCACUUUGCGCACCGUUUCUCUCUCUGAGCGCAAACGGCUCAAAUAUCAUGCUCACCUACUUCUCUUUCUCCAGACCUACGAGAACUCACAGGUAUCGAAGAAAGAAGCACAAUCUCUCAUUUGCAAACUCUCCCACGUCACGUUCGUGCACUCGCACGGUCGUUCGUACAUGAGUAACUUAUAUGCAUGGCUUCGCACCUUCAACAACGACUUCACUCCCCGCUACAUGCGCUCGUCCGUCAUCUCCGAUCUUAAGUGGUGGCUCUCCACCCUCUCUAUCCCAUCCGCACCUCGCUCACUCACUGGACGUGGACCCACGCGAGACUACGGCAUAUGGGUGGAUGCAUCCACGAGCACCGGCAUUGGCAUCAUCUGGAAUGGUCACUGGGCCGCCUGGCGCUCACUCGAGGGUUGGAAGAUACCUGGACGAGACAUCGGAUGGCUCGAAGGCAUCGCAGCGGAAAUCGCCAUACUCAUCGCAUGCGCGAUGGGCAUUCGAGAUGCCAAUAUUCUUAUCCGGAGUGACAAUGACGGCAUCAUCGGAGCCUUCGAGAAAGGUCGCUCCAACAACGCGGAAACCAAUCUUUGUAUUCGCCGCUCCGAAGAGGUAUUUCGCGUUACAGGCUUAUCGGCUUCCCUUAUCUAUGUCAACACAAAGGACAAUCUCGCUGACCCCGUGUCGCGUGGGAUCUAUCCCGCUGAUUCCCUCCGUCUACCUCUAUCUCUCGACCUCCCUGCUCCCAUCGCUCCCCUCUUUGCUCAUGCAUGA